AUGUCCUUCAUCGGCACAAUCAAACGGCGCUUCAGCCCCGGCCAAUCCAAUCAGCAGCAUCCUGCUGCUGCAACCCAGCAGGCAGCUCCAACAAACGUGGAAUUCAAGGGAUAUGCUGUGACCGAUGCAAGCAACUGGAGCUCGUUCAACGUGAUCGAUUUCCAACCUAAGACAUGGGAAGAUACCGACAUUGAGCUUGCUAUCACGCAUUGCGGCGUCUGCGGCUCAGACGUGCAUACUAUUACAUCGGGAUGGGGAUCUUUCCCAACGCCGCUGGUAGUUGGGCACGAAAUCAUCGGGAAAGUCACCCGCGUUGGGUCCAAGGUCAAGGGCUUCAAAGUCGGUGAUCGAGCGGGAGUAGGGGCACAGAUUGGUGCCUGCUACUCAUGCCGCGCGUGUAAGACGGAUAAUGAACAAUACUGCCCCAAGAAGAUUAACACCUACGCCGGCGAAUACCCUGAUGGAGUGAAGACCCAGGGAGGGUAUUCCAUGGCAAUCCGGGCGCACGAGCAGUUCGUUUUCCCGAUACCAGAGAAGCUCGAGUCGCGCUACGCCGCCUCCAUGCUCUGUGCUGGCCUGACGGUGUAUUCUCCGCUGAAGCGCCACGGCGCUGGCCCCGGAAAGAAAGUCGGAAUCCUUGGCAUAGGCGGUCUUGGACACUAUGCCGUAUUGUUCGCGAAGGCCAUGGGGUCGGAGGUGUACGCGUUCACUCAUAGCGAGAGCAAGGUCGAAGACAUCAAGAAAAUGGGAGCAGAUCAUGUCAUUGUAACAGACGAGGCAAGCGGGAAGCUUUCCAGACUGAUGUUCGAGGUGAUGAAGAGUUAUGGAGGCAGCAGCACGCACAGUGCGCCCUACACAACUCACCUGUAUUGGUUGGAUGCUGUAGCUACUGGUAAAGCUCGUAUGAACGACCCUUGUCAUUAGGCAGCAGAGCUGCAGGGUAUAUAUAC